CAUCUUCUGCUAAAUAUUUAUAUAACUUAUUAUUAUUUAUAAGUUUUUCCAUUCAUUGCCCACAAUGUCAGCCGCAUUGGUGUCGUCCACAUUCUUCGGGGACUUCGGUGACCACUACCGCUCGAACGGAUCAACAACUUUGCAGAACUCAUCCAAAAACAGUUUUGGCUCUCAAUUAGACAAGAAGUCAAACCUUCAAUCAGUUUUGAAUUCAGUGCAACAAAACAAUAAUAAUAAUAAUGCCAUCAAUGCUAUCAAUGCAAUCAACACCAAUCACACCACUAAUGCCAACAACUCUGCAAAUGUGAUGACCCGCCGCUUAGUGACCACUACUACUAGUGUUCCCAUAAACUUAAGUCAUUCAUCCCAUAGACCCCUACAGUCCUCCUCAACAGUGCCACCAAUGCAUCAGAAGAGUGCCAUCGGUGUGACCAAUACUCAGACGCCGAUGACUCUGGUCAGAGGCCUGUCCUCCCAGUGCUCGCCAACCAAUACCACAAUGAAUGGCAACAGCAAAGAGCACAAGAAGUUGGACCGCAGUUAUAGUGAGCCGCCGGCAGACAAGUCGGCCCAACAACUGAUGCGACUCAACUCCACGUCCAAUACAGUGGCCGGUCCUAUGUCUUCGCGAUACAAGACUGAGUUGUGUCGCAGUUUCGGAGAGGUGGGCACCUGUAAGUACGGUGACAAGUGUCAGUUCGCACACGGAGGCCAUGAGCUCAGGAUUAUCACCAGACAUCCCAAGUUUAAGACUGAGAACUGCAAGAGUUUCCACUCGACGGGCUUCUGUCCGUACGGUCCGCGCUGUCACUUCAUCCACAACAGCGAGGAGUCCAAGAAAAGUAUGCUUUCCAACCUGUCGGCCACUGGAGGCUCGACCACUACUGCUAACGGCCUCAACAACAACGGCCAACACUCACAGAACCGAAUGCAGGAACAGAUGAUGAAUAACGCCAACAACAAUGGCUUCGGUGGUGUCUAUCACUCCAAUCAAAGCUCUCAUCCGUUACGUCCGAAAGCGCUAUCGAUUGGUAGCUAUAGUUUGGGUUCUUCGGGAGAGAUCUCUCCGCCCAGUAGUCAGAGUGGAAGCCCGACGUCGCUCAACAGCUUCUUCACUGAAGACCCGUUCAACCCAUUCGUGUCGCCAACCAAUCACAUGGGCUCGUGUGCUAACAACGCCUUCUCCUUCUCGCCCGACUUCGCAUCACUUGUGCCCACAAACAAGUCUUCGGCUUUCGGUGGUUCGCAACCGACUCUCUGCCAGUCGUUUGGAAUGACAGCGAACCUCAACGCAGACAUCACUCAUGAGUCGCCGGUUAUGCCCAACAUAUUGUCCAAUCAGUUCCAGACCUCACACAAUACGACCGCUUAUGAUCAGCACAUGAAUGACGGAAUGCAAUCCAUGUCCACAACACCGCCCCCACAGGCAUCGAAGCUGACACCUGUGUCAUACCCAGUGGCACCUGACUCGCCAGUAGACAGCAUAGCGUCCGAUGUGGAGGCACUCAAGUUGGAGCACAACCAGAGCCAGAGUCAGACGCCCGGCUCACCCAUCGAUGUGGCCAAAGGUCUGCCCCGUCUUCCCAUUUUCACUCGUUUCUCCAUUAAUGGCAACAAUGACUCGGAAUAAGGGGAACGGGAUUCACUUGCACCCCAUCCCAAACCCUCUACAUAUACCUACUUUUGUCCCAUAAGAGAGAAUGGUCUGGAAUUUGCCCUUUUGUUCACUCUUUAACCCUAACCUAAGCCACUCUCAGGUAAUUUACAAUACUUUGUGUGAAUCGCUUUCGUAUUAUUUAACAAUUCUCGGGACCAACACAUUCAACACUUCCUCCACUUCUCACUCUUCUCUUCGUUUGCUUUUUAUAUCACUUUUGGUUUACAUUAGUCUUCAUUAGUCAGAGUUUGUGUCCCAAAACAAUGGCUCAAAAUUGUUAUAAAUUUAUUUAAUAUAAACAUAAUAUUGAACUAUAUAUAUAAAUGUCAAU